AUUGGUUGUAGUGGAGAGAACGCAAUUGUCAAAGUCAAAAGACAGUUUAGGCACCCAAUGCAAUCAAAAUUUCUGGUAGACAUUUGGUGUUUCUCUCUAUCUCUCUCGUUCCCUUUCUCUAUCGUCUAUCAAUGUUUCAUGACAACACUUCAAUACGAGAGUAGAUGGCAUGAUUGUAGUGUUUGCAGACCAUUCGUCAGAAAUAGAAACAAAGAUUCAAAUUUUGUGAUAUCGAACGCACUGCAAUAUGGAUGAGAAUGAGUCAACCUUCGGUUUGAGUGAAGAACAACAUACCAAUGUUAUUAUUCAUAUUGAUAUCGAUUGUUUCUAUGCUCAAGUCGAGGAAAUACGGGAUCCAACGUUGCGUGACAAACCCGUGGGCAUACAACAAAAGAAUAUUGUGGUUACAUGUAACUACGUGGCUCGUACCUAUGGCAUCAAAAAAUUGAUGCUGUUGACAGAUGCACUACGUUUGUGUCCUGAUCUGGUUUUGAUAAAAGGUGAAGAUCUGACACCGUAUCGUCAAAUGUCAAAUAAAAUCCACAGCGUUCUAUUAACAUUUACACCGCACGUUGAGAAAUUGGGCUUAGAUGAAAAUUUUCUCGAUGUUACGCAUUUGGUUAACGCACGAAUAUCACAAAAUAACGGUGACGAUCUGAAUGGCAUCAUUGAUGAGAAUCGGCUGCCCGGUUGUCAUUUAUUCCCCGAAUAUGAAACAUUAUCAUCAUGUGGCUGUGGUUGUGAAAAACGAUUGACGUACGGUGUACGAUUGGCUCGUGAAAUUCGAAAAAAACUUUUCGAUGAAUUGGAAAUAACAUCGUGCGCUGGAAUUGCUCACAAUAAAAUAUUGGCAAAAAUUGUUGGCGCAAAGAAUAAACCAAACAAACAAACAGUAUUAAUUCCCUCCUGUACAAAUGACGUGAUGAUUGGCCUAGACUCGGUUCGAUGUGUUCCCGGCAUUGGUCAAAAAGCCGAACAAUUAUUAAACGAAAUUGGUGUACGAUCGGUAAAAGAAUUACAAGAUAUGGACUUUUCAGUGGUGCAGAAAAUGUUUGGCUAUGAAACCGCAAUCAAAUAUAAAAACUGGAGUUUUGGCAUUGAUAAAUCAGCGGUUAUUGCAUCGGGAAAAUCGAAAUCCAUCAGUAUUGAGGAUUCGUGUCGAUCGAUUUCAAUUCGCACUGAUGUCGAAGAUAAAUUUCGUUUGCUGCUCAUCCGUUUGGUGAAUCAGGUAGCCGAGGACGGUCGCAUUCCACUUGCUGUUAAGAUAACCGUUCGUAAAUAUGAUGUAAUGAAAAAAACGUCACAUCGUGAAACAAAACAGGCAAACAUUUUGCCGUCACUGUUCAAAGAGGCGGGUAACGGUAAAAUUACGCUCGUCGAUAAUGGACAAGAGAAACUAUUGAAAAUUGUGAUGAGACUUUUUGAAAGAGUCGUUAACUUGAAACUACCAUUUAAUAUCACAUUGCUUGGAUUAGCAUUUUCAAAAUUCCAAGAAGCUCGUACCCAGGUAUCGAGAUCGAUAGCCAACUUUUUGAUACGCACCGCCGAUUUGGAGGUACAAUCCAUUACAAGUUUGAGCAGCGAUGGUUUACAAUCGAUAAAAAAUUAUCAACUUCGCGGUUCACCCACACAAAUGGAUUUCGAUACAAUAUCAGAAGCAUCGCAUGCCUCCUAUUCAUCGGAUAUAUCCGAAUCGGAAAUUGAACCAUCGCCAAAAAAGAAUAAAUUCAGCUUUUCGUUGGCAAAACGACGAUGUUUGGCAACGAAUUCAACGACCGAAACAGCAUCACCAAGUAAAUUACGUGUUGCUGAAUUACGAUUGAAUUCAAAAGAAUCGGAUUCUGCAGAUGUUCAUAUGCAAUCCAUCCAUGACAUAAAAAGUACAACCACUGUCGAUAAUGUUGUGCCUUGUGUUGUUGUACCAACAAAUCGAAGUAAUGCUGCUAGUACUGAAACGUCUGCUGGUGCGGCUGCUAUUGUUGCUGACAUUGACACUUCAAAUGCACAGACGUCUUCAGGUCAUGCAGCGACCGCAAUGCAUGUAUCAAAUUCGACCACUUUUCCACCAAUCGUCGAUCCAGAAGUGUUCAAAGAGCUACCUUUUGAUGUACAAGAGGAAUUGCUCAAUCAAUGGUCAACAUCUCACGAAACCACAACUACAACUGAAUCUCAUGCCAAUGUUUUGACUGUUAAAGCGAUACCAGGCACUAAAAAAUCCAAAAACAACACAUUGCAUCGCUAUUUCAUUACCAACAACUAAAACAACUAACGAAAAAAAAAAAAAACAAAUAAGUUGGAGAAAAAACAAAACUUGGUUCAUUGCUCAAGCUGUGUUAAAUAUAUGUAUAAUAAUUGAGCUCUUUAGAAUAAUAACAAGCCUUAAUAUAAAAUAUCAAAAUUUGUACGAAAAAAAAUGUAAACUCAUCUUCUUCUUCUUCUGAUUUAAUGACUUCUGCAUUAUUCUAAGGAGCUCAAUGCCCUUCAUUUCAAAGAGAAGAGGUAACCUAUAGUGUUAAUUAAUGUUGGCGGGUGUUUCAAUAUGUUAUAGUUUAUUUAUGCAACGAUAGGUUUAUUUCAGUCUAUCCCAAACGGUGUCUAAAUGGGCUGUUGUACAUUGACAUAAUAUUUAAUGAAAAUGAAUCGAAAAAAAAAAUUAAUCAAAAACACACUUACACACAUGAAGAAGAAAAAAAAAACAAAUAAUUUAAUUAUUAUGAUUAAGCAAACUAUUUUUGUUUUCUAAUUGGGUCAUUUGAGCGUAAUUGAAAUAUAUCACGAAACGAACGAAAAAAAGUUGUUAAAGAUUGGCCACACAUAUAAUAUCAUACGCUCAAGCGAAACCAGAACAAAAAACACGUAUACAUGCAUUUAGUAUUAAGUGGAAUCCACUGAAAGAGAUUCAUGUACAGGAACUAAUCACCCAUGAAACUGGAGGAAAAUUCAAUGAAAGAAAAAUGAAAAAAUAAAACAACUGAAUCUAUAAAUGAUUUAAUUACUUUCAAUGAUAAGGAUAUCACAUACAUACACACAUUUUCUACAAAAAGAAAAGAAUAUACGUUACACAUAUACACUAUACAUCUGUAGACUAAAGGAACACAAAAAAAAUCGUCCGCGAAAUAAGUUUUUUUUUAAAUAGAUUUUUUAAGCCAAUUAUUUAAAUCCAUAUAUAUAUAUAUAACAAAGA